UGCUUACCCUGCUUUGUGAGGGGAGGGUUGCGUUCCGGCGGCGGACGACGAGAAGCGCGGCUGGCGGGGGUGGGUCGUCAUGGCACCUAUUGGAGGGAGCUCUAAAGCCAAGAAGGGUAUAUUAGAACGCCUAGAUGCUGGAGAAAUCGUGAUUGGUGAUGGAGGAUUUGUCAUUGCUCUUGAAAAGAGAGGUUAUGUAAAAGCUGGACCAUGGACUCCUGAAGCUACAGUAGAACACCCAGAAGCAGUUCGUCAGCUUCAUCGAGAAUUCCUCAGGGCUGGAUCAAAUGUUUUACAAACAUUAACCUUUUAUGCCAGUGAUGAUAAAUUAGAGAACAGAGGAAACUAUGCAGCUGAUAAAUUUUCUGGCCAGAAAAUAAAUGAAGCUGCUUGUGACAUUGCAAAAGAGGUUGCUCAAGAAGGAGAUGCUUUGGUGGCUGGAGGUGUUAGUCAAACACCUUCAUACUUAAGCAGCAAGAGUGAAGCUGAAGUGAAAGCGAUCUUUCGAAAGCAGUUGGAAGUUUUUAUCAAAAAAGAGGUGGAUUUCUUAAUUGCAGAGUAUUUUGAACAUGUUGAAGAAGCUGUGUGGGCAGCUGAAACUUUAAAAGAGUCUGGGUUGCCAGUUGCAGUUACUUUGUGCAUUGGCCCAGAAGGAGACAUGGAUGGUAUACCACCAGGAGAAUGUGCUGUUCGACUUGUUAAUGCUGGGGCUUCCAUUGUUGGAGUAAACUGCCACUUUGAUCCAGCUACUUGUCUCAAAACUAUAAAACUUAUGAAGGAAGGUUUGGCAGCUGCUAAACUAAAAGCACAUCUGAUGUCACAGCCACUUGCUUUUCAUACUCCUGACUGUGGGAAGCAGGGUUUCAUUGAUCUACCAGAAUUUCCUUUUGCUUUGGAGCCAAGAAUUGUAACCAGAUGGGAUGUUCACAAAUAUGCAAGAGAAGCUUACAAUUUAGGGAUCAGAUAUAUUGGAGGAUGCUGCGGAUUUGAACCAUAUCACAUCAGAGCAAUUGCUGAGGAGCUGGCCCCAGAAAGGGGUUUUUUACCCCGUGCAUCUGAAAAACAUGGUAGCUGGGGGAGUGAUUUGAGUAUGCAUACUAAACCAUGGGUUAGAGCAAGGGCUAGAAAAGAAUACUGGGAGAAUCUGUUACCUGCUUCAGGUCGGCCAUAUUGUCCCUCACUGUCAAAGCCAGAUGAUUGGGAAGUGACCAAGGGAGAUCUGAUACAGCAGAAAGAAGCAACAACUGAACAACAACUGAAAGAGCUUUUCAAGAAACAGUCAUUCAAAUCCAAAAUUGUAUCUUAAAUUAGCAGCAAUUUAAUAUUGAUAAAAAUUACAAUCAAUAUUAAAUGAGCAGAAGAUACAGGAAGUGUAAUUCAUAUUCAUUAAAAUAUAACCUCAAACAUUAUCUACUUCCUUCCAGUUUGUUUAUAUGCACACAGUAAAAGAUUCCUCAUCUUUGAUCCUACUGAAAUAAUUUUAAUAGGACAGUCCAGCUGAGGGCAGACAGACAGACAUUCUGUAGCCAAGCUAGUAAAGUGUUUUCUAAGCCCUGCUGGCUCACUGCAAUUAGAAACUGUAAGAGGACAAACUAUUUUCUUUUUCUUUCCUUUGGUUCCAGUGUUAGUUUAGAGAUUUCCAUAGAAGCACUCUGCAGAUUCUUGGCUACUCUGACAUACCCCUGAAACACUCAGCUUUGGCCCCUUCUGCCAGUGUUCCACAGAUGAGUCAUGCUUGUGGAACCUUCAGCUGCAUAAAUUCCAUCACAUAAACAGGCUUAUUUCUUUGAUAACAAUUGCUGGCUCCAGUUUUGUACUUUAAGUCACAUUGCAUUGUUACAUUUCCUUCCCAAUGCCUGGGUGUAAGAUUGCAGGCAAAGUAUGAGUGCCUUUUAGCUUAGAUAUAAUUUAGCUUCAUCUGGGUUGCUAAUAUAAUUUGGGGGGUCUUUUAUUUGGAGCAAUGUUUAACAAAAUUAAAAACUAUUAAUACUUUGUUUUGUUUUUUGUUUUGCUUUGGAUAAGAAUUUAAAUCAUGUAAUUUCAUUACAAAUAUGUACCUUUAAAAUGUUCUGGAAAAUGGAAUACUUAAAAUAAGCUGCGUUGGUUUACAAGAUGCUACUGCGGUGUUUCUCAACCUCAGCAAUUUUAAGAUGUGUAAACUUCAUCUCCCAGAAUUCCCCAGCCAGAACUGAAGUCCACAUAUCCUAGUUAAGAAACACUGUGCCACUGUAAAUGUGUGCUCAAGAAAAAUCCCAAGCUUACUAGGCACUUAUACUUAUAAAAGCAGGUACGUUUUCAGCCUCAGAUGUUUUCAGUCAACCAUCCUCUAACAAACAUUUGUUGUCCAUCCAGGGAGCCAAAUAGGAAGACCUAUUCCUACAAGAUUUUUUUUUAAGCUUAUCUUUUCACUUUACAUCUAGGUGGAGCCAUAUUAAUCUUUGCAGCUGUUCUCUCUUGGUUGGGCAGAGGAUUCCUAUAUUGUAUUCUGGACAUAUGAAUACAUAUUCUAGAUUUAGAAGAUAUUCUUAAAAUUAAGUGUUUAUAGUUUAAGCAGUUUACUAUUUUGAGAUGGACAAAUAAAAUUUAUAAAACAAAAUUUAUCCUUAUUAGCUUCUCUGGGCAAGAAUAGUUAAGAACAUUUAUAAUUAAUGAAACUAAAAUAAUUCCAGUGAGAUAAUUAAAGAACUUGUUAGCACACAGCAUGGCUGACUAUUUUGUUAAGGCUGUUACUGAAUAAUUCAAUUGAAUCUAGUACUACAGAGGACAGUGCUGUAAUUCAUAGCAACCUGAGAAUUCUUUCAAGUGAACUGCAGUAUAACUCUAACAAUAAAAAGGCUACACACACACACACCAGUUCAUUACCCAUGUUUAAUAAGUGAUAAUUUUGUGAGAAAGGAAAUGUUUUACUCCUCACCGUAUAUUGCAAUUUUAGUGUUAUGUCUCUCACCAUUGGCUGUAAUAAUAGCAUUUGAAUGUACUAAUGUCAUCAAGUAUCUGUUAAUUUAAAAAAAAAAUUGAAAUGCAAGUAUAAAUUACUGAAGCCCCUUUGGAACAUUGGCCUUGAGAUCAGGUCCAAAGGCUCAGGUAAGAUUCCCGUGGGUAGCAGGGUGGCUGGUAAACAAGAAGGUUGAGCUGCUGGGACAAUUGGGGGAACCUAAUACACAAGCACUCAUACCCCAGUAUCUUAUGAGCACAGAUCCUGGUCACAGGCAAAUUUUCUCUAUAGCUCACACUUCUACCCUUCAACUGUGCAUCAAGAUGGUUGUAGACCCCAAAAUCCCAAUAGGCAGUAUUGUUGCUCUCACCAACCAAAUUUCAUUACUAUGUUCCAGGUCCACCUCUUCAUCCACUAUUAAACUACGGAUUAAAAAAAAGUCAUUACAGAUGGGCCUAUCAUUUACCAUCAGCAGCUUGAGGCCAAGGGUCACCAACAGGAAUCAGAAUCAGGGCUGGAAAUGGGGACUUGCACCAAGCUGCUAGUCACCCUUCCCCUAAAACAGCCUGCCCUGUGAUCCUGCCAGAGCUCCAACCUGUCCCCACCAGGAUUGACUCAUCUUGCCCAGCAACAUGGAAUCUACCCCACAACAUGGGUUUCUAGAUUCUUAUGGAAACUACACUCCAUACCACUCUUACAAUUACAGUCCUAUCACUCACUUUCCACUCAAGGUCAGGAAUCUGAUCACACCCUUACAUCAAACACCCUCCAAUUCUUCACUUUAUCAACUUCUACCCAUAUGCCUGAGUAGUUUCCCACUGGCUCAGGGUAAUAGUCUUCAUCUCCAUUGAUGAUGUUACUCUAGCUAGGGGCUCUCCACAACUGACUUGCACUCAGAUAUAAACAAACACCCCCUGGAACUGUAAUACAGCUGUUCUAACUUCACUGGUCUAACUAUGAUUGUCAGAGGUCCUCACAUACUGGAAUUCAGUUGGCUAUAUUCUACAGAGGUUUCUCAUGCAAUUUUUAACCCCAUCCUCUUCUUGCCACAAUUCUCAUCACAUUUCUGCCAGCAGUCAGCAGACCCCUUCCUUGGCUCUUUAUGGUCAGCCCAAGGAACAAGAGAACUGGUCUAAACCUCCCCAAUUUCUGCCAAUCACUUCAGAUCCCUAGCUUUAGUCACUGCUGCUGAUCUUCAUUUUCUCCAGUUCUAAGAGUGCCCCAUCAUAUCGGGGGAUGAAAAAUUGUACCUUGAUCCACCAUUCUCUGUGUGGCAAAGGAUUAACCAUUCCAGAAAACAAUGUUCCUUCCAACCACUCUAGUCCUUCAAUGAAUCAGCUUCCAGUCAAAGCUACAAAGUCAGCUUCCUUGAAUGACCAUUCUUAGCAGUCUAUAAAUUGGAUGGUGAGUUGCCUUCUAUUCCACUAUUUCUCACCACCAUUGUUUUUGCUCUUUCUCAAACUCUAUCAUUCACUGCAUAACUCCACUUCUCUUUCUUUAAAUCCUAAAUGUAACUCACUUCCCUAUCUUCUCAAUGUAGCUUUACAUUUCCUUGCACACAACUUUCUAACUUAUAUCUCUUUGUUUGCUCUCACGCUUUCAUUCUCAAUUUGCAAUCCAUACAACCACCAUCUUGAAACUUAUUUUUCUCAUUAAUGGUAUGAUGUGAUGAGGUUGGGCAACAGGAGCUUGGGAAUGAAAAAUCUAGACUCCUUGCAUCAGAAGUUACUAUAUAGCAGUACUGACAUUUUAACAGCACAGACUGCCACCCACUUCACUUCAUACUGAGGCAUCCUUUUUUGACAGUAAGUUCAGUAUAAACAUUGCUAUGAAAGCCAAUGUCUGCUUGCAGGAGGAACCACAGGUUACUGCAUUGGUGAUUAAACAAGAUAUAAAAUAAGUCACAGCAAUUUUAGUGAGAAUGAUAUAUACAUAAUCUCUCAACCCAAACAUAAAAUCCAUAUAGGAUAAUCAUCUUGUCAGAACAGGUUUUAUCCAUUACAUCUUGUAAAUUUUGCACAAUAUUAUGCUGUGUAACAAAGAUACCUGUUUGUGAAUAAAUUUGAUGUGUCUGGCAAAUAAGAAUAAAGAAUUGUCAAGUCAGUAAGGAAAUGAACCAACAGCUCCAGAAAUAAAUAAGGGUGUGUGUUACUGAUGUAUUUCUAACAGUUCUGCUGGACUACUAAAUUCAGAUUCAACUGAGAAAUCUGUCUUAUUGUUUGGUAAUGAUAUAUUUGUUGUUUAAUUAGCACGGUGAACUAAUAAAGUAAUAUAAAGCAUGAA